CAACUUAGCGACAUUCUCGCUAUAUUUAGCGAGUAAUCAGACCCCUCGAGAUAUUCUUUGAAAAAAAUUAAAAAUUGCAACAACUCCAGUGAAGAGACUUUUGGAGACUAAAACAGAGGAUCUGAAAAGGGUGAGCUGCCUCCCGUGAUUGAAGUGGUUUAGAGCGGUAAAGGUACAGAUGUGCGUGUUCAUGUUCAAGAACACGCCAGUUUGUCUUCUAUUCGGGGGAUUUAUUAAGUUGUGGCAGCGUUGGAAGAAAUUAUGUUCAGUCAUCCCUUGCCACAUCGCACUUCGAAUUUCACAGCUUCACUCUAUCAUGGUUUUUCAGAACAUGCUAAUGAAUAAAUCAUUGCUCUUUUGUGGUUCACUACGGCCUAUUAAUAGUCAAAAAUACACGUUUAAGCUAAUUUGAUGUAUUUUUUUGCCCAAAUUAAGAAUUUGCAUAAAAAUGACAAAAUGAAGUAAAAUAUAAAUGUAAGGCAUGAAGAAGAUUCAUUCAAAGACAUUGUGAUGAUAUGUAGUAUUUUACACUGGUCACUAAGUGUCAGUAACAUUGAUGAGACAAUAGCAACCGCAGGAAGUACCGUACAGAAACAGGAAGGAACAACAACAAGGAAGUAUCCCAAUGUUAACAUGUGAAUCUAUAUUAUGUUUUAUUUAUGUCUUAUUCUCCCUUAUUAUGUCUGCUAUAUUGGGUAUUAGGAGUGUAAAUGUCACUAUAGGGGUGUUAUUUCAUGUCGAGAGGGCUCUAAUAAUAAUGUUAAAACGGCAUUUAAGAAGGUGCGAAAUGGGUUUUCUAUGCUCUUAACUACAAGAAUAUUCCAUUUAUGAAUAAGAAAUCCUACUUCAACUAGUGUGUUUGUCCUGUACUGUAUUGUUUUGCCAAAUCGAGUACCCACGUGUUGCUGACUCACCGUCCAUGCAUUUUUUACCGAGUACAUCUGCUAAAUAAAACGCCAUGGGGCCAAGGAAAGCUGCCAGUGGCAGCAAUUUGAUAAAGAAGAUGAGAAACACUAUUGAAUUCCAUCUCGCCAGGAUGUACGGGAAGUCCGCAUCAACAAUAAGUUCCAUCCAUUCCUCAUUUAGAAUUAUUUCACAUUGUUUUCUGCAUGUAAAACUAUAAUUAUUCUUUAUAGAAAUGUAUUUUUUGUACACAUUUUUGGUUGUCUAGAACGGAUUAAUUGGAUUUCCUACGAUUUUUGUCCAUUUUUGUCGACCCUCAUAACAAAAGCCAGUGGUACCACUGUAUAUGUGUUACUUUUGCAUUUAACGGCACGUAACUGUGGUGCAUUAAAGGACCGCCCAACAAAGUGUGAAAUCUUCAUGUUGGACAAAAAACACUAUCAAUGAAACAAAGACGCACACGUGCAAAAAGUGUGUGAAAGCACGCAUGGCUCUUCUCAACGAGCAGCGGGUGCUGCUGUGGGCCCCUCGCCCAUCUCGUCUGCCUUGUUUGUGACAUUGAAAUACACAACAAAAAGAAGCGGCGACAGAAGAAAGUUUGUCGUUGGAUUAGAAUGACAUGCAAAUGCAUCAUGAUGAGUUAUGCAGGUUAGAUGACGGCAUCACUCUGACACCCGACCCACCACGGCCACAUAUAGACUGCAGUCCUGUGGGGAACACUGAUGGGGUGUUUGAACGUGAACGUGCGGCACUGCACGACAUUCACUCAAAGCGUCUUUGUUUCUGCUGAUCUUUAUCUCAGUCAAGCAAGUAAAACUGCGCGGCAGGAUGAUAAGCGUCUUUGUGUUUCUGUUUGUCUUGGGUGGGCUAAAUGGUUCUUUCCUCCACUAAAAAAAGGCUUCAUGAUGGUAUUGGAAUAAGAACAUUGCGUUCUGCCACUCCUCUACCGGGUCAAAGGUUAAUUUGCAUCCAGUGCCUCUAAAGUAAAUAUGGCAGUGCUCAGUGCCCCUCCCUGGGCCCUGGUAUAAAAGGUCCUCCAGAACCUCCUGCUCCUGCCUGCUAGUGCGCCUCACCAACCGCCGCCAUGACCUUCCUCGCUCCACCUGGUUACCAGCCUGUCUACGGCCCUACCAUCCCAUAUCUGGGGCCCAUCUAUGGGGGUCUGAGGGAGGGAGCGUCCAUCUACAUCCAGGGAUCUGUUCCAGACCACAUCACCAGGUUCUUUAUCAACCUGCUGUGUGGACAGUCCGAGUCCAGCGACAUCGCCCUCCACUUCAACCCCCGCUUCGACGGCAGGGACAGGGUGGUCUUCAACACUCGCCAGAAUGCGGCCUGGGACCCGGAAGAGAAAGUCCACGACAUGCCCUUCAGCAAGGGCAAGGCCUUUGAGAUGGUCAUCAUGUGCUCCUCGCAAGGCUACCAGUUGAAGGUCAACGGGAAAGACUUUCACACCUUCAAGCACCGCCUGCCUUUGGCCAGAGUGUGCGGCUUGCAGAUUGGAGGAGACGUUUCCAUACAGACCAUCAACGUCAUCGGGGGCGGAGGCAUGGGCGGAGGAAUGGGCGGAGGCAUGGGAGGAGGCAUGGGAGGUGGCAUGGGAGGAGGCAUGGGAGGUGGCAUGGGAGGAGGCAUGGGAGGAGGCAUGGGAGGAGGCAUGGGAGGAGGCAUGGGAGGAGGCAUGGGGGGAGGAUUCCCGGGAUCAAACCUGCCGAGUAUGGGAGGACAGCCUGUUUAUAACCCCCCCAUUCCUUACUCCAGCAUGAUCCCAGGAGGAAUGUUCUCCAAGAGGACCAUCAUCAUCAGAGGCAUGGUGCCCUACCAAGCUAACAGGAUCAGCAUCAACUUUGUGGCCAGCCGAUCCCGAGACGUCGCCUUCCACAUGAACCCCCGCGUGAGGGACGGCGUGGUGGUGAGGAACAGCAUGAUCGGCGGCCGCUGGGGCCAAGAGGAGCGCCAGCUCAGCGUCAACCCCUUCAAGGAGGGACAGUACUUUGACAUGUCCAUCCGCUGCGGAAGCGACCGCUUCAAGGUCUUUGUCAACGGUCAGCCGCUGUUUGAUUUCACGCACCGCUUGCGGGCCGUCAACGAGAUCGACAAGCUGGAGGUGGACGGCGACGUGCAGAUCUCUUACAUUCACUUCUGAAGCCACCGGGUUGCAUGCACUACGCCUCGUGUCUCACACACACACGCACGCACACACACACACACACACACACACACAGUCUCCAUGGAAACAAGAUUUUUGUACAAAAUACAGGAGAUAACUUUAUAAAACCAUAAACGUGACCCAAUAAAGGUGGUUUGUUCAGUCAGCACGUGGACGGGGGCAUCAUACGAGCUCUGUGAAGGCACUUGCAUCGCAACAUCUACAUUCAACACGCACGACUAGCUAACAAUGCAAGUACAGUAAUCCCUCAUUCCUCAUGGUUAAUUGGUUCCACACCCGACCGCGAUAAGUGAAUGUCGUAGGAUUCCUUAUGUAGAAAUGAAAUGUUCUCAUAGUUAGAGCAUAGAAAACCUCUUUUCGACCUUCUAAAUACAGUUUUUAACCAGUGUAGGAUACUACAUAUCACGUCGAGGAAUGCAUUUUCUGAAUGCCUUAUAUUUGUAUUUUACUUCAUUUAGCCAUUUUUAUGCCUCUUUUAGACCCAAAAAACGUAAGAUUUGCUUAAAUAUGCAUAUUAAACCACCAAACAGCAUGAUUUAUCAAUGGAAACAUUUUUGAAAAACUGAGAGUGAAGGCGCUAAACUGAAAGCGCAAAGCGCUGAGGGAUUACUGUAGCGCUUCUUUACACAAUUCAUGGCGUACCUCCUUUAAACACAUUUUGUCCUCUAAUUCCAUCAAUCCGAUAAGAAAAUGCGGCUCAUAUGUACAGUGCCAUGUAUCAAAUAAGUGCCUUUAAGAUGCCAGCUGGUGCUGUUUUGUAACAGACGAGUGUUCAAAGAGCAGAAAGCGCUCCAUCACAUGGAAGAGUGGAAAAAAACAAGGCAUACACAGUAUAGACAAAACCUUGAUAGAAAAAACAUUAGUGCAAAAGUUGGCAAAGUAGAAAAAUCAGCGUACAAAAUAAAAGUCACUGUGCUUCUUCUGAGUAUUUGGACCAUCUGGACUGUUUGGUACCGUCAUUGGAGACAGCCGAGAGACCCGGCUGAGUUUUUUUCCGUUUCAUCCGUUUGGCGAAGAUGCGGGAAUGUACAUCGUCAGCGAUGGUGUCAGAGAAUGACACCGCCUCCCCUCCAGAGAAAGGAGCACAACUUUCCAGCGAGGACGCCCACACAGAAGGUGCUGAACUUUGAACAUUCACGGGACAACGUGGUGAAAAUGUGCCACUUUUAGGAGAAAAAAGAACAUGGAACGUGUGUGUGUGUGUGUGUGUGUGUG